AUGGUAGCAGCGGUUACGGAAGACCUUCAAGCGUUCCGACGCCACCGACCGAUGUGGGCCGACGGCGAACAGACCCCUGAAACACCUGCCCCCUCCUCCUCCUCCUCCUCCCCUCACCAACAACAACAACAACAAGAACAAGAAGAACGGAUCUCCUGGCCUCUCAUCUCCUUCGAAAACACCAUCCAAAACGUCUGCUGUAUCAGCUUCCUCCUCGGCCUCUUCUUCGCCUCCAACCUCCUCUCGCUCCUCUUCUUCUUCCUCUAUUCUCCCGCCAAGCAGGCGCUGUGGCCGCCCUUGAACAUCUACGCGAUCCUCCUCAUCCUCUUUCAUCUCCUCGAGUUCCUCACUACGGCCAUCUUUAAUCCCUCCAGAGUCUCCGUCGAUUCUUUUUUAUUAAACAAUGGGGCCUCAUAUUGGUAUGCGCAAAUGAUGAGCAUAACGGAAUACGUUGUGCGGGAGCGAUAUCUGGGAAAAGACGGAUGGGGCCUGGGGAUUCUGAAGGACGAUCGAGUGAGGUUGGGCGGCUUGCUGGUGACGAUGGUGGGCCAAGGGAUCCGGACAAUGGCGAUGAUCACGGCGGCCCGCUCGUUCAACCAUCGGGUGUCGACGGACCCGAAGAAACAGGAGGACCAUCGGCUGGUCACCCAUGGCGUCUAUCGUCUCCUCCGCCAUCCCUCCUACUUCGGCUUCUUUUGGUGGUCCAUAGGCAUCCAACUCUUCUUGGCUAAUCCUUGCUCCCUCAUCCUCUUCUCCUUCGUCUUGUGGAGCUUCUUUAAGGCUCGCAUUCAAAAUGAAGAGCUUCACCUGAUCAAGUUUUUCGGUAAAGCUUAUGUCGAUUAUCGGUCUACUACCUCGACUUAUAUUCCAUUCAUCAGAUAAACCUCAAACUACAUUUCUUUCUUUUACUUCAUUUCAAAAAACAAAGACAAUUGAUUCUGAAGAGAACACUCAUUCCUCAACUUGUAUAUUGAUAAUUUGUAGUGUAGUCUCUCUCAGGAUCCACUUAAAUACCCUUCCCAUUGUUAUUUGAUUGGGCGGAAUCCUUGAUUGUGUACCACAUAGUAGAAUUGAGUCUCGCAUCAACAUGUAGAAACAAGCUACAAUGUUGUACAGAUUCUUUCGAGGUUGAUUUUUCAAAGGAAUGAAGGAAUUAUCAUUGAGAA